GGGGCCCAAGACUCAAGUACCGUGCCGUCGCCGCAUCUUUCUUCCCAGGUACGUACCUUACUUUGCGGUAAGGGAGAUCUCCACCGCACGGGCGGCAUCUGCCAUCUGGCAUGCCAUGGCCUGUCACUGGGAUUCUGGGAAUAUCAUGGAUUUUGUCGUUUUUCAAGAGUUGCACCGCGCAUACUCCGAAUAGGUAUCAUCACUCCACAGACCUGGAUUUACCAAGACAUGCAAACUUUGGCCAUACCAUCGAAUCAUUCCAUCAUGAAAACACCCCGAGCUACGCAUCACAUCGUCUGGUCAAGACUUCAUUCCCCGGACCGACAGCUGCACCACGUACCCUACUAAACCACGAGACUCUCAUCCGUCACCACAAUGGCACAAAGGACUGCAAAGACUGCGAAAAAACCAUAACGCAGCCGCAUGGCAUCGCAUGGCAUCUUGGCCCACGCAAGGUCCGAAUAGACAGUGACCCCUGUACCCCUGCCCCAUCCACCUUGCCCUUUCUCUUCCCAGUUCAUAGGUACUCUUCUUCUUGUUUUCCAACUGGCAUUUACUGCGUAGAAAAAAUGUUAUCUCCUUCCCUGUCCGCUGACGGGACCCCCACCCCCUGAACCCUGUUGGUCCUCUUCGGCCCGGCAAGCAGAUGCCGCCGCAACACGCCCCUACUAGGCUGCCUUAGCUCGCAGAUACGCCCGGACACCUUGUAUCCGUAUCUGUCCCUCGCUCUGUGGCUUGCUCCCGUUGCUCUUUAGCGCGCCCGGUUCCUGAUAACCGCUGACCGUCUACUAGGUAUGCAUACCGUUGGCGCCACUGUUGGCCAACGUUCAACGGGGGCAGAGCCUCGGAGGAUGAGAGAGGAAGUUGGAGCGAGAGAGACUCGUGACUGCUCGAAUAGAAGUACGAGUAGCAUGAGAGCUAUUGAGGGCUACGGAUGCGGCUCACAGCUCGACAAGCCUCGUCCCUUGAGCCAGAUCAUUAUACAACCCACCUAGAACCUCAACGGACCCGUUCACCGUUCCGGCAUCCCCUUGGUCUGGUCCACGACGGGGAGUCGUGGAGUCUACCUUCUACCGAGAGAAAUAAGAGAACCAGAAAAGCACCGAGACUCGGCCACGACUCCACGAUUACCGCGAGAGCACGCCGAGUAUUGCUAUUGAGACCCAUCCUAAGCCAACUACGAAGCUAUGCGAAACAGCGACGAAAUGUGCUGCCGGUCAAAUGCCAACCACUACCUACUGCGUACACGGCCUGGGCAUUGAUGAUAUGUGGGAACUCCUCGAGGCCCGGAGGCCCAGAGUGAGGGAAAAGGGGGGGAGCAUGAUGGAGUACUGUGGUAAGAGUCUUCUCGUCUCUUUUACACGCGAGAGGAAAAGGGCCGACAAGUGAGGAACUCGCAACGACACGAGACCAUGGAAAUUUGCUUCACGAUUGAAUGAGAAGUGGGCAUGAGGAGCUACGGAGUGGUGAAAGAGGAUAUUCUACAGAAAUUUGAGCACGACGUCAACAUCACGGAAGCAAAUGAGUUACUACUGGUUGUGAAACUCAUGAUGGAUGAGUUUUAAGAAUCUAUCGUGAAGGGCCUCACCAGCUAAUCUAGCAAGGUCAAGCCACCUCACCCAAAGGGUUACCUCAAGGACUGUGGUUCAGGCUCAAACUUCACCACGUUGCCACGUAAAUGAUAAACACUCCAUGGA